CUUUUUCAAAAAUGGAGAAGACAAGUCCUCUGGUGAAUUUAUUAGAUAAAAUCAGCAACUGCUCAAAUAUCCUACCGUACUAUGGAUAUCUUGACCAAUGAAGAAAUUUGGCUAAGAACUUAUGCAAAAGCACACGUGAAAUGUGGGAAGAAAACAUUCCUGGAUUUUCUGGGAAUCUUCUAAAAAAUCAAAUAAGAAAAAUAGUGAUCAAGAACUCUUUCAAGAAGAUCCAUGCAGACAUGCUCUUGAGAAAUGAUAAUUACACUGUUUUCAAACUCGACUUGAACCUUGACACUGUUUCGUCCCUCGAUGCCUUUAUUUACUUCUACAAAAGCCUGAGGUUUCCAGAAUUAGUCAAGAUAGAUAAGAUCAAAGUCAAACCUGGUGAUGACAAAGUAGUUCUGGAGAAUAUCUACGAAAUCCUUCUAUACAGUGAUAUCGAGCUCAGAGAGGAGAACAUCCAGACUUAUGCCAAGUUCAACAGCAAUCAAAAAUAUCAAGUUCCUUUCAUGCAUGAAGCUUACUUCAAUCUUGCUCUGAACACGGAAAGAGCAUAUUCGCUUUCUGUCAGACCUCCUGAGGAUAUCCUUCUAAGAACGACCUUGUAUGCAAAGAAGUUGAAUGUUCACAUUGAUUCCCAGACACCUGAUGAACUUGAACUGGAGAUUAACGAUCAACUCAAAGAAUCAGUGAACCACCUUCGAGUUAUUUUUAAAGAUGAAGUUCCCAUUAAAACACCAACCAAUACUAUUUCUCAGUUAAAGGAUCUACUUGGAAAUAUCACUCUUCUAGAACUUGAAUACAACAUCUACAUCGAUGCACAUGCUUGCUACCAUAUUGACUCUGUGAACAAGAAAUGGAGCCCUGAUAUAAUUAAGUUCAACUCUAUCGGAGGCUCUGUCAUCGGGAAAGCAGUCCUGAAGGAGAUGAACAAAAAAGUUCCAACAAUUUUCUAUGCCACUGAAGCAAACAAGAAGCUCAGUGCCAUCCAAGCAGAGACGAUCAGCUUCUCUUGGACUGAUAUAGAUGAUUUUAAGAUAAUCCCACAGCAUGAGUUCACAGUGUUCUAUUCCCUGAAUAGCAUAAAUUUCAAAAAUAUCUUAAAAGAAACCCAAGACAAUGAAUGGUUCACAGAAGUUGAGAAAUACAGGAAGCAAGGAAAAGUGUCAAUAGAGCAUGAAUGAUGCUUCUUUAUAAUCCCUAAUGAAUUCAUCUCUGAAUUCAACAUGCAGGGGGUAACCCCUCCUCUUUGAUGUCAGGAAGAAUUCAAAGUAAAUAUUAAGACUAUCAAACAUCUUGAAUAUCUCCUUUAUGACGAUGAAAUUAAUACUGAAAUCUGGAAUAGCUCCUGCUACUUCAAUGUUAGCCUCUCAGGAGAACUCAGAAAACACUUUACGAAUGAGUACUGUGAAGAAUAUUUCACAUCAAUUCAGAAAAUCAACAAACUCUUUACAAAGCUAUUCGAGAGGAAACUCACAAGUUUAGAGAUAGCUUUUCCUCUUGACUCAGAAAGCAUUGAAUACAUUGCCUUAAUUUUACCUACAGACAGCCUAGGCUGCAGGUAUUUGUCUCACUUCUACGCAAAAAUCGAAAAGCCUGACUACCUAAAAUCCCUGCUAGACUCAAUCAGGGACUCAAGCAUUGAGACAGGGGCUUUACAGUGCCAAUUCAAGCUACAAGACAUGGUCCCACCUCUUGACUCCUCAGAAUGGUACAAUACCUUCAUUACCGAAAAGCCCUUCUUCAAAAUAGAAUUCUUCCCAUUCUUUGGUGACAUUGUAGAAUUCUCGAACAACAUAAAAGUGAUUGCUUAAUCAAACAGCGAAUUCAUUAAUAAUUUGUUUGUAAAUGAAUUUA